ACAAAUAAAAGAUCAAUGAAAUUAGUUAACUAGAUGUUCUAUUUUUCUGUUUUUUUUCCUUUGCGAUGUAAAGUCGGAUCUGACUCGAGCGUUAUCUGCAAUAACAAAAUUAGAGAGUUUCGCCAAUCGGGAACCGAAGAAAUUAUGGCAACUAAUUUACUAAUGAAUCCUGUCAAACUGCGCUUUUACAAGGAGAGAUACGAGAGGGAGAACAAAUUGACAAAUGUGCGAGAAACGUUUACGCCUACUAUUCGAACGAAACCAUUGACCGGCAAAUUUUAUGCGAAACAUGACAUUAUCCCAUUGUGGGACGUCCGGAAGGAUGAUAUCGAAUUGAUCAAACGACGGGAAAUGACGCCCAAGGAUAUUUAUUCGUUUAGGCCACCGGCGGUAAACAUGGAAUAUGGCUGGUACUCCGCACCGCUGAUACCUAUCACGAAAGAUCCGAGAUUGCGCUUCUCCAGGAAACAAUCGGAUUUUGUAACGCACGAACUCGCACGCCGGAAACUGCAGAGGGGUCCACUGGAGAGGAAAUUUGCCGGUGUACCGUUCAAAACAUGAAUAUGUAAAAUACUUUAUACGAUUUAAAAUAAA